AUGACACCAGCGUUACGGGAUAUGACCUAUCGGUGUCGGAUAACUAGAGACAAAAAAGGCGUAGAUCGUGGUAUAUAUCCAACCUAUUAUUUACACCUGGAACAAGACCAAAAAAAUCGAAUUUUUCUCUUAGCGGCACGAAAACGUAAAAAAAGUAAAACUGCCAAUUACUUAAUCUCUGUCGAUCCCACUGAUAUGAGCCGAGUUGGUAAUUCGUUUAUCGCUAAAGUUAGGUCCAAUGCUUUGGGAACACAGUUUACUAUUUAUGAUAAUGGUAAAAAUCCAAAAAAAGACGUAAAAAAUAACGACAAUUUACGACAAGAAUUAGCAGCUGUAGUUUAUGAAGUAAAUUUAAUGGGAUUGAAAGGGCCACGUAAAAUGACGGUGCUUAUUCCAGGAAUUUAUGAUGCUGAAAAUUAUUGCCGUAAACAAAUUCGUCCGACUUCGGAAAAAGAUUCCAUGUUGGAGAAAUGGAAAAGGGGCAAGUGCGAUGAGAUUGUGGUGCUGCAUAAUAAGCGACCCAUUUGGCAUGAAGAUACUCAAAACUUUGUUCUCAAUUUUCAUGGUAGAGUCACUAUGGCCUCAGUAAAAAACUUCCAAAUUAUACAUCCCGAUAAUCCUGAUUACAUUGUCAUGCAAUUUGGAAGAAUUAGUGAUGAGCAGUUUACAAUGGAUUAUCGUUAUCCGUUAUCGGCGGUUCAAGCAUUUGGUAUAACAAUGAGCAGCUUUCACGGAAAAUUGGCAUGCGAAUAA